UGCGCACAGCUGAGGAGGGAACUCCUCAAGCAGAAGAACCUAAACUGGUGUCUGUCUCUGAAGGUCCGAAGCAUACACAUGAAGCUAAACAGCCUCUAUGCCAAAAAGGACCAGCUUGAAAGGAGCGUGCAAAAUAGGAUGAAGGAGAUCGAGUUGCAGAUGCUCGCUGGGGGAAGCAACCCAGGAGCUUCGGCGGAUCAGGCACCCGCAGAAAAGGAAGGGCCGAGAGGAGACCCCACAAAUGAGGAUGCCCUAAAUGAAGAAAAAAAAAAAGUGGAGGAAUUAAAGAGAAUGCUAGUAAAACAUGAAAGAAGCAUCCAGAUAAGCGAAGUCGAGAAAGUAAAAUCCGAGUUGGAGUUGAAGAGCUGUAAGGAUAAGCUAAAUGAGGAAAUUGAAAAGAACGAAAAUUUAUACAAGAAGGUAAAGACUUAUGAAGCGAAUUUGGAGAGAGUAAAAAAGGAGGGAGAAAAAUAUUUGGACGAAUUGGAUGAGGUUAGAGUGGAGCUGCAAAAGUAUCGAUGUGCAAACAGCCAAGUGGAGGAGAGGAACAAGCUCCUGCAGGAGGAGAAGGUCAAAUUGGCGCAAGCGAAUAAUGAGUUGAAGAUAAGGCUGCAACGUGUGCAGACGUGCUUAACCGACUCGAGGCAUAGGGAGCGCGCCUUCAUCAGCUGCUCGCGGAAGAUAAUGAGUGUAGUUGCGUUUCUGCGUGAAAGUGGCAAAGGGGGGGGGUUCGCACUUGGGGGGAAGUAUGGAGGAGCGAUGAGGGACACGUUGGGAGAUAAAGUGGAUGAACUGUUAGGCGAUAGGAUGGGUGAUACGUUGGGUUACACAUUGGGGGUUACUGUGGACGAUGCACAGGGCGCCCCCUUGGAUAAUGCGCUCACCCCCCCCCUGCGCGGAGACACCACCUUUGCGCAGACGGAGCUGCAGCUGGACGCCAUUUGGGUGUCCAUCCGGGCCUUGGUCGGAGUGAAGCGGGAAUUCGAGGGCCAAAAGGACGAACUGGAGCGAGUACGAGCCGAGGCGCAUGCCGCGAAGAGGGAGCUCGAAAGGAAGCAGAGAAGCUACGAAGAAGUUAAGCAGCAAAUUGGGCAGCUACAAACAAAGCAGCAACGAAAUGAGGAGGAAAUUACUACCGUGAAGGAGAAGGACGAGAGGAUCAUUAUGCAGUUAAGACAGACAAUACAAGAGGAAGAAAAACUAACCAACGAGUACAAACACAGAAAUGAAUAUAACCUGAUGAGGAUUAGACGAUUGAAGAGAAGAGAAAGUAAAAUGGUUCAUGAAAUUAAUCAGUUAAGGAGGUACGUACAGGAGAAUAAAUCAAACCUUGAACGAGUAAACGAUAUGAGUAAUAAUAAAAUUAAACACAUCAAGGAAAGGAACAAAGAAUUAAUUACCAAUUUGGAUGAUGUACACAUCGAAUUGCAAAGAUGCGUAGGUCAAGUCAACACAGUCAGUAAAAAUAUGAAAGUGGUCGAGAGAGAGAAACAGAAACUCACACAAGAAAAGCAUGUACUUAAAUCUCAAAAUGGAGAGCUAGCCAAAGAAUUACAAAUAUACAGAAAAAAAAACCAAGUAAUGAAAAUGAAGGUAUAUACACUCAACAGCAGAAUAGGUAAAAUGAAAGAAAAAAUAAAAAGCACAAAUAUGAGACUCAGCAAAAUAGUGAAACAUCAUACAAAGUGCAACGGAAAUUACAAAGAAGAACUAUGUAGAAAAAAUGAACACCUUGAAGAGUUGCAAAGAAAGCAGAAGGAAUUACAAGAAGAAUUAAAGGAGAAGGAGAAGACCAUCCUGAGAAAUGAUGAAUGCUUACACAAACUGAAAGAAGAAAUUAAAAUAUAUGAACAUGAGAAAGACAUCCUGAGUGAAGAAAUAAAAAAAAAAAAUUUAUUAAUAACAAGUAAAGAGGAAAAAAUUGAUAUGCUCAGCAAUAUAGAAAGUGAUCUACUAAAAGAAGGAAAAGUGAACCAACUUAAACUCAUCGAAAGGAAUAAGGAAAUAAAAAAUAACCUCGUGCAGAUGAAAAAAAUAAAAGUAGAAAACGUAAAACUGAAUUGCCUAAUUGAUAAAAUAAAAAAAGAUUUGAUAAGCUCAGAGCUGAGAUGUAAAAUGGCCUAUAGAGACUUGGAAAAAUUCAGAAAGGAGAAAAAAAAAAUCAUCUCAAAUCUACAGAACGACUUGGAGGAGAAAGAAAAAUGCCUCCAAAUUACAGACCAGCGAGUCGAACUGCUGAGACGCGAAAGAGAUGAUGGACAGUCUAGCAUUCAACACGAAUUGAAGCUACUGCAUAACCAGGUGGUAGAGCUAACAACAGAAAAGGAAAGGUAUCGAGGAAAAGUGCAGCAACUGAACGAUGAGCUGCAACAGUCUCAGCAAAAACUAAAGGAAGAAAUCGGAAGCAAUAAGGAGAGCAAAAAAAAACGAAAGUCUUUUUAAAUGAAGGACCAGUUUGAGGAGGAAAAGGAAAAAAUGAAGAACCAGUUUGAGACACUAAUGCAAACACAGAAGGAAACCCAUCAGGGACAAAUAAAAGAAAUGGCCACCCAGAAGGAGAAAGAAAUUCAGGAGCUGUCCAAAGAAAUGCAAGCGGAGAAAGAACGAUGUCAAAGAGACAUAGAAUCCAUGACGGAGACACACAAACGAGUGGUCAUCCAAGUGAGGGAGGAAGCUGAGAGGGAAAUUAGCCAAGUGAGGGAGGAAACUGCGAAAGAAAUUAGCCAAGUGAGGGAGGAAACUGCGAAAGAAAUUAGCCAAGUGAAGGAAGAAACUCAGAAAGAAAUUAACCAAAUGAAAGACAUUUGCGAGCAGAGGCGGAAAGCAGAACUGCUCAAAAUCGAAAAGGAAAAAAGCCUCCAGAAUAAAAUUGAUGAAUGCACCUCCCUGCUGAGGGAGAAGGACGACGAAUUGAGGUGCGCCAUUCGCCAGUACGACCAGAAGCUGCAAGCUCAAAAUAGGGAAAUGGAAACCUUGGUGAACGAGUGCGAACAGAAACUCAGGGAGGCACGGGCGGCUAGGCGGGCCGGCACCAGUGUCACCCCCGCGGAGGAGGUAAAGUUGGAGAAGUGCGUGGAGGCCGCAGAUGAGGAGGAGGUCUCCAACAUGGGCAGCGCCGCAAAUCCGGCUAAUCCGGCUAAUGCGGCUAAUCCUGCUAAGGACAUCCACUCUGCCGCCAUCGCGCAGCUCGAGGAAAGCCUGCGGGGAAGCGAAACGAAGAUCUGCCAACUCGAGAAGGAGCUGCUCGACUCCAGGCGAGAGUUGGCCGAGUUGGCUCAGAAGAACCGCAGCCUGGCCGACGGUAAAGCGGAGGUAGACAGGGAGGUCGCCAAUUUGGUGGCGGAAAAUCAGAGAUUGAAGGAGGAGAGACUGGAGGAGGAGGGACUGGGUACCUCCGCCCCGAGUGUCUUCCCUCUGAGUGCUUCCCUCGUGGAGGGCUCUCCCUUGCAUACGAUUUUCCCCUUUCUUGGGAGCGGCAGUGCGUGCGACGCACCGGAAGAAGAACCCUUGGCAGUAGUGGGAAAGAAAAAAAAAAAGAAGCAUAAGAAAGGCACCUCCAGAAAGGGGCGCCGUGAAACGGAGCAAAAUUGCGACGAAGGGGGCCCCAUGAACGGGGGAAGUAACAUGGAGCAGGAGGCGGAAGAGACGGAGGAGCGAAAGAAGACGGGGGAGACGGGGGAGACGGAGAAGACGGAGAAGACGGAGGAGAUGGAGGAGACGGAGGAGCGAAAGAAGACUUUUGGCAAGAAGAACAAAACCUCGGCGAGGAGGAAAAAAGGAAAAGGAAAAACUGGUUCGGAUGAUGGAGAUGGUGAGGACGAUGGGGGCGAUGGAAACCAUCGCGACAAUAGCGACACACGAGAAGAGACGGAUAAAGGGGACGCACUCCUCGUCGCAGACGCACAUAAGGUGCCCCUCAGUCUCGUCUCAACAAACGAACAAAGCUGCUACGUAUUCCUGAAAGGGAUAAACGUGAAACUGGACGAAAUUGUCGAUAAGGUCAAAGCCAAGGAAGACCCCCUGCUCAUAAAUGACGCGCUAAACAAGAUCAAUAUGGCCAUUUCGACGUGGAAUUUGUUUUCUGACCCGAAUGCGACAACUGCGGAGGAGCCGGGAGGAGGAGCCUUGUUGGAUGAGGAAACCCUACCGGAUGGGGAAGCCGCACAGAUUGGCGAAGCCGCACAGACUGAGGAAGCCGUACAGACUGGGGAAGCCAAGCGGGCCGAGUGGACCGAUGCAGACAUAGGUGAGGGGCACUUCUCCGACGAGCGGUACGAAGCUCUGAAAAGGGAAGUCUCCGAAAAGGUGGAGCUCAUUCGUCAGAUGGUCGGUGAGGUGGUUCUUCUGCGCGUCGGUGAGGUGGUUCUUCUGCACAUCGCUGAGGUGGUUCUUCUGCACGUCAGUGAGGUGGCUCUUCUGCACGUCGCCCCUUCCCUUGGCGCUGUAGUAAACGUCCUCAUACAUAGACUUGAGGUGUAA